AUGUUUGAUUUAACCGAAAUAUCAAAAAAACGAUGGGGAUAUGUAAAACCUUUGGAUGAAGAAAGUAUUGAAGAUGAUAACGAUACAGAUGACGAUUUAGGGAUCAAAUUAAAGAAAAAACGAUGGGGGUUUGUCGCAUCAAAGUUUGAACUUCCAAACAGUUUACCGAUUUUUGACACAACGGAUAAAAAUAAUAUAUCAUCAUCUUAUAACUAUGAUUUAGAAGACAAUUCAUUUUAUAAUUCUUUUACGCAUUUAAAUUUUUUAUUUUUCAAAUGCUAUUUAAGUUCCAAAGAUUUUAAGAUAAAGUUUCAAUCUAUUCAAUCUAAUGUUUUGGAUACUUACUGCUAG